GUCCGUUCGUUCUUCUGUUUGCUGCAGAUCGAUGACAGCUAUAAGAUGGCCACGCCACCUAAAAAAACUCUUGCGGAACGGAUGAGGAGCCUUUUUAUUGCUGAUCCAGAAGUACCACCACCAACUCCACCGUCUCCCACUUUCAGUGAGGAAUGGAGGGAGAUAAACUGGGGAGACAAAGAAAGUCUUCAGUAUGUGCGAGACUAUAAGCCUGAAAGGGACGACAUCAACCAUCUCCGAGUUCUUCUGUACGGGCCUGUUGGAGCUGGAAAGUCCAGCUUCAUCAACUCUGUCGUCAGCACCAUACGAGGCAGACUGUGUGUUCCUGCUGCGGCCAGUGCAACAACUGCUAGAAGAAGUUUCACCAAAAAAUAUGAAACUCAUCAUAGCAAAAUUGGGAAAGGAAACCAAGGGACGUAUCCUAUCGUCUUCAAUGACAUCAUGGGUUUGGAGGAAGGCGAAACCCAGGGAGUUCGUCCUGCAGACAUCAAACUGACCAUGGAAGGACACGUGAAAGAGGGUUACAUGUUCAAUCCUAUUGGUCCACUGUCAGGUACUGAUCCAAGCUACAACAAAUCCCCCUCUCUGGACGACAGAGUUCAUGUCCUGGUGUGUGUUCUUUCUGCAAACUCAGUAGAAAUUACAGACUCAGUUCUGAGGAAGAUGGCAGAAAUCAGAGAGAUGGCCAGGGACCUGGGUAAGAUCAAUGAUUGGUAAUUAUUCUGUUCAUUCACAGUUUUGUAGACUAUUGAUAUUCCUGUUGUAUAAAAAGGAUCAUUUACAGAAGUUACAUCCUGCUGAGAACACUGAGUUUACUCAAAGUGUUUGUGCCAACUGCUUUAACUUGAUGUGAUUAUCUCAGUUAUCAGACUCCAACAGUUACCCAUGAGGCUCGAUGGUGUUAAAACACAAAGUGUAGCACCAACACGUGGUGCUGAUGUAGGGCUUUACCACAGCAUAACCUAUAUACAUAACAACAACAUGGUAUGACUGAUGGGCCGUGUUCAUUUCUACAGACGUAUGUGUCAUUUCUCUUGUGUUAUGGGUCCCUGGCAGCUUUAUACUUUGGUAAACUGAUAAAAUGACACGUCAGACAGAAACAAAGACUAAAUCAAUCAAUCAAUCAAUCAAUCUUUAUUUAUAAAGCAUUUUUCAUACAAAAAUGUAGCACAAAGUGCUUUACAUGGUUAGAAGAAAUGCCCUUCCCAUCCACCCCCCAGCCACCCGCACCCACCCACAGACACACCCACGCAUCCACCCACACAGUCAUGAUGUAGACAUAAAAAACAUGUGGCAGAGCGCAGAGCAACCAGGUGAGGAAACAAUACUGCAGGGAGCCGUCUGCACCGGGAGCUGAUCACAGCCCGUGGCCACCAGGACACCAACACGGAGUCCACCUCAACAUGGGCAGAUAGAGGGGCCCACACCACUGCCUAGAAGGCAGAGUGCAGCCCCCCCCGACCCAGUCAAAGCAACCCACGAGGCAGCGCCAAUGCAGCCAGGGCCAAUCACAGCCCCCAGUGCAGAGGGCCCCCACUGAGGAAACACUGGAGUUAAAAACUAAGAAUAACAUAAAACAUCAAUAAAAGACUAAGAGUGACAUUAAAACCUCAGUACAAGACUAAAAAUUACAUUAAAUCAGUAAACAACUAAGAAUGAUAUUAAAACCUAAGUAAAAGUGUCAAUGACAGUAAAACAUCAGAAAACUAAGAAAAUAUUAGUUAAAAGCCUGAUUAAAUAGGUAGGGAAGACCAGAAAGCAGGGCAUUACAGUAAUCAAUACGACUAGAGAUAAAAACAUGCAUUAGCGUCUCCGUGUUAGCUCGAGAGAGAAACGGGCGGACUCUGGCUAUGUUUUUUAGAUGAUAAAAGCCUGUUUUUGUUACAUGCUUAAUGUGUGGAAUAAAUGUAAGCUCAGAGUCAAAAAUAACGCCCAGGUUUUUAACUUGAAUUGAUGGAUUUAAGGACAAUGCCUGUAGUUUGGAUAAAAGUUUCUCUCUCUGAGCCUCAGGACUGAUGAGUAAAACUUCAGUUUUGUUCUGGUUGAGCUGUAAAAAGUUUUCUGCCAUCCAGGAUUUGAUGUCCAAGAUACAGUUAAAAAGGGCAUCAAUUGGCCCUGUGUCAUCAGGAGACAUGGAGAUGUACAGUUGUGUAUCAUCAGCGUAACUGUGGAAGUUAAUACCAUGUCUCCUGAUGACACAACCAAGAGGCAGCAUGUACAAAUUAAUAAGUAUGGGACCUAAAAUUGAGCCUUGGGGUACACCACAUUUAAUUUCAUGGAUCUCUGAAGAGACUUACUUACCAAGAAUUUUCUAUCUGUGAGAUAGGAAGUGAACCACUUAAGAACAGUGCCAGAGAGGCUGACCAGCUGUUGGAGUCUGUUUAAAAGAACAGGGUGUUGGAGGCAGCGCUUAGAUCCAGUAGCACCAGGACUGAUAACUUGUGUGAGUCCAAGUUACACCUGAGAUCAUUAACGAUCUUCAGCAGGGCUGUCUCUGUACUGUGAUUCUUCCUAAAUCCAGAUUGGUAUUUAUCAAAGAUGUUGUUAUUAUUUACAAAAAUUAUUAAGCUGAAUAAAAACAGUUUUCUCUAAAAUUUUACUUAAAAAUGGUAAGUUGGAUACCGGUCUGUAGUUGUUAAGAACAUUAGGAUCUAAAUUGUUCUUCUUCAAAAGGGGUCUCACCACUGCUGUUUUAAAGGCAUUGGGGAAAGCACCCAUUUGAAGAGAAGAAUUCACAAUGUUUAAAAGCUCAUCUUCGAAGAAUCCAUAAAAUGUUUUAAAAAGUGAUGUAGGAAUUGGGUCUAAAAGACAGGUUGUUGGUUUCACUUGGAAGAAAACUCUACCAAGUGUCUCAGGAUCAACCAGGACAAAACUGUCCAGUGCUUCCUCAGAUAAAAACAAGCAUUCAGAUGUGUUAAGAACUGUAUUUUGAUGGGAUAAAAUAUCAGAUCUGAUGCCAUCAACUUUACCAAGUGGGCUGCAAAGUCUUCACAAAGGGAAUCUGUGCUUGGAACUUGUUAAAAUCAGGGUUGAUUAAAAAGUCGAUGGUGGAGAAGAGGACUCUGGGAUUAUUUUCAUGAUUACUGAUUAUACUGGCAAAGUAAGUGUUUCUUGCUUGUCUGAGUGCAUUAUUGUAAAUUUUAAGUUGCUCACGGAAUAUUUGGUGGUUAACUGUUAAUUUGUUUUUCCUCCAUCUCCUUUCUGCUAUCCUGCAAUUUCUUUUCAGUUUUUUGAUUUCUUCAUUUCUCCAUGGGGUAAUAUGACUGUCUUGUACCAGCUUUGUUUUUAGUGGAGCGACUGAAUCAAGACUUGACUUUAGUUUACUGUUAAAAUCUUCAACAAUAAAAUUGCAGGAAGCAGGUAAAAUAACUGGAGGACAUUUAUCU